AGUGAGUCGUCGGUAGGAUCUAGGACUAGUCGGGGUGUGCGUGCGCACUUUUACCACCCCGAAAUAUCUGGACAAUAUAUACAAGUGCAGUGUGGUAGUGUUUGCCAUGGCUUCAUACUUUAUGGGGCAGCGAAUUCUGAUUACUCUACUUUUUUCAUCUGGCCUUUUCUCAGGCACUGAAACACUGGUGCAGGUAGUACCUCAAGGAAUAGAGUCAGUCAAUGGAUCUAGUGUGACAAUGGGAUGUACUAGUCCACUAGUAGACUGUGGUGGUGUGAUGAUGUGUGGGUCACAAAGCUAUCUGAUUGAUGGUUGCUCUCCUAAUAUUAACACAAGUACCUCUAACUGGGCAUCUCGGCUAGUGACAGUGAGGAGGAAUGAGGGAACCCAUGGUAUCAAUUUCGCUCACGUUCUGCUGACAUUUGGCUUUGACACAGCUGUGUCUCUGACUGGAAUUGAGAUGGACUUGUUCAACUGUCCUGACUGGAACAUUGGUACUCCAACUAUCACAGUGUAUCUCAAUCCAGAUUACAACUUAGCAGCUACCACCAACAUAUUAUAUAGCCUUCCAUUUGCGCCUGCUGGUCACAACUCCCUCCAGUCAUCUUGUGACUCUCUUUCAACUGUUACCUUUCCUAGAGGUUCAUUCCUAAGUGGAUCCUAUCGCACAGUCUAUAUUCUAGUGGACCUGUCACAGACCUCAUCCAUACAGUGGGUUCAUGUGGGAGAGGUCAGGUUCCUGGAUAGCUCUGGAAUACCUCUGAAUUUCUCAAGU